AUGGCGGACUCACAGAGCCCCGAAGCUCGCGAGUUGAGCCUGAUAGGCAAGGUUGAAUUCAGAAUUGCCAUGGCAGACACAGAUGAGAAGCUGCAGUCAUUACUGGGAACAUAUCUCACUCCAUUGUUGCUGAAGCUGAGCUCUGACAGCGUGGAAGUGCGCAACAAAAUCAUCUCCGUCUGCCAGCAUGUCAACACCCGAGUCAAAAACCCCUCUAUUCAACUUCCCGUGGCUGCAUUGCUCAAGCAAUUCAAAGACCAAAAAUCUCAACUUGUCAGACAUUUUGAUCUUAUCUAUGCUCAGCAGGGUAUUGAUCGCCUUGGUUCUGAGGCUAGAGUUGAAAUUCUGCUUCCCUUGCUUCAGGGUAUCUCGAAGAUUGGAACUUCGCCCACUCAGGGUGCUAUCGUAUUUAACUUGGUUUUGCGCUUGUUGCCACUUCUGAAAUUGCCAUCGAAAGGCAGCGAAGAAGAUCGGCAGCUGAAAGAUCGUCUUGGUCUGUCAGAUGAAGACUCACAGUUCUUAUCCUAUUGGUUGGCCAAAUUGUUGCUCCUUACCCCUGGCCCCAAGGAGAUUACCACAUGUCCUGGUCUCUCGCCUGAGGAGUAUACAUUCUUGAACAAAGGCAUUCCUGCAAAUGAGACAUGGAAUCCUUCCGCAGAUGGCGGCUUGAAUCUGACCGAGACAAAAGUCACGGCCCUUCGUUUCAUCGGAAGUGGUGCUUUCAACGAUCCCCAGCGCUUUUUGCCUUCUUUGAUCGCCUCUGCCGAUGCCAACUCCCGCCUUGCAGAUCUAGGCGAUGAAACCCUCAAGCGAUUUACUGCAGACAUCGAGAAUCCUGAUGUCGUGCAGCAGUUGUAUGAUUUGUACUUCGGUAGCCCUACACCCGGCGGAACUCCUCCCGCUCGGCCUUCUCUCCAAGUGAGGCUUCUAGUUUUCCUUGGGAAAUCCAUCAAAGCCACUGCGGAUCCACAGAGAAUCAUGAGACUGGUUGAAGAUGGUCUUCUAUCGGACUCAGCGAGAUCCGCUCAAGGCUUGCAAGCAUCGAAAUUACGAACUCAAAUUUUCACAUUCACUACGUGGGUAGUCCGCAUGGGUGCCCCUUCUGACCUCAAGCAAAUCGCCCCUAAGCUCAUCGCGGGAUUGAAGGAUUUCAUUCAGUCUCAACAAUGGCCCAGCCCGGCCGCCAGUGGGCAGAAAUUACCUGCAACAGAUCUGAGCUUGCGAGGUCUUGCGUACGAAAGCAUCGGUAUCAUGGUUCCCAAGGUCGACUUUACAGUACAAGCCGACGAGGAAAAUUUCGAAUUUAACCUUGUUCGGUGGCUCUUUGCAUCUUUGAGCGCCGAUGACUCAAGCUCUGAAAUAUUCGUCAGCAUCGACCAGGCGCUAGGAAGUAUACUCAAUUCCUCAUUGGACAGCCAUGACAAGACCUUUCAGGACCAGUUGCGACCCUUCCUUGUUCGUCAAAUGGGCAUGCAGCCCGGAGAUGUUGACCCGGAUACAGGUUAUCGUGCCGUGAGGGGUGUUCAAUAUGCUGCAGUCCGGUUCGCUAACCGAUUCCUCCCAUUCAACGACGUGGUAGCCCGCUGGAUUGACUUGAUGGCUAUUGCAAGAGGCCCAGAAAGACAGCAGGAAAUUGUCGAGGAAGGAAAGAAAGGUCUCCACCCAUAUUGGUACCGACUUCUCAACCCAGCCAAGGAUGGGAAAUGGUCUGCUUCAGCUACACCAAAACACGAUGAAUCUUGGUUCGACUUCCCCAAGUUUGACGAGGCGACUCGGUUCCUGCUUGGUUCGGGUGGGCAAGAGGAAUACAUGAAUAUUCAGGCGAUGUCAGCAUCACAACUCUUGUCUGGUCCUUACAAAGGCUCUUUUGUACCUGCUAUAUCGUUCCUUCGCAAUACAUUGCUUUGGGAGGCAUUCUCAGCCGCGAGGAUUGCUGCGGAUCUGGAACAGGAUUGGGACUACAAGCUAGAAGUGCUUCUUUCUACCAGCCCAGAAGCCCGCUCAGCGGUGAGACAAUACAUCCGAAACUCUGCAAAGGAUUCUGUCCUGGCACUUUUGUCUGGUACUCUUGAAGGUCUUGUGACUGGCGGGCGUGAGGGUCUACGCCAAUGCGGUGUUUAUUUCGUGGAAAUUUGCUCGUUAGCACCUAAUGACGUUGUCGAACAAUUGAUUUCUCGUGCAGCGACCUUAAUGGAACCUAUUUGCAGCAACAACCAAGAUAACCAGGGUAUCACCGCUCGCGCCUUUGGUAUUUUGGUCUCGCAUCCUGCUUUCCCAGAGGAACAGCUGAAGAGUUUCAUCACUCAGCUGGCUGACGCCAUUCAAUCAUGGAACACUUCUGUCGGCGGACAGGUUAUGAGAGUCCGUGGGGCUAUUCUAGCGUUAUCGUAUCUGCUGAGUCGACUUGCCUUCCGCAGUCUAUUGAACAGAGUUCCGGAAGCACAAGUCAAGCAGUUUGCUGAGAAUGUCUUUGAAAUCCUAGAUGUAUCCCGGGAUAAACUCCUUCUUGAAACUGCACAGGAGGCAAUUGGGCAGCUGAGUCUCUCCGGGGUCCUAUCUCUGGAUAUUCUCUCCGAAGAAGGCUGGAAAAAAACACAAGAAAAGCUCUCGCGCGAUGCCAAGACCGAGAAUCAGAUCCCCAUCAGCUCUUUAGGUCUGCUGACCUUGACAUUUUCCCGAUCUGGUUCGGAAAGUACUUUAUUCGGCCAUUUCUUGGACUCCCUCUACAGUCUUCAUGAGAUCCGCAGUCCCGAGGUUCAAUUUACCAUAGGCGAGGCCUUAAGCAACGUCGCCGUUGGGUGGGAUUCUCGUGCUUUGAUUCAAGAUCUCGAUGUUGAUGCCGAGUUCCCCCACUCAGACGUUCCACGCGCAGUGUUUGCACAGAUCUGCGACAGAGUUAUUACGGACUGCAUUGCGCCCAAGCCCUCUCUCCGCAAGGCGUCUGCAAUCUGGCUGUUGUCAUUAGUCAAGAACUGCGGUCAUAUGCAGGAGAUGCAGGAGCGUCUGCGUAAAUGCCAAGCUACUUUCAGCAGCCUCCUCGGAAAUCGGGACGAGGUGGUGCAGGAGACCGGUGCGCACGGACUCAGCCUUGUAUAUGAGAUCGGCGACCAAUCCCUGAAGGACGAUCUGGUCCGAGAUUUGGUCGAUUCAUUUACUGCGACGGGUCCUAACCUCGGUGGUGGCAAAGUUACUGCUGACACACAGCUAUUUGAGCCCGGUGCCCUCCCCACUGGCGAAGGAUCCUCUGUCAAUACUUACAAGGAUAUUAUGAACUUGGCCGCUGAGGCUGGUGACCCAACACUUGUCUACAGAUUUAUGUCACUGGCCUCAAACAAUGCUAUCUGGACAAAUCGUGCGGCCUUUGGUCGCUUUGGAAUCAGUAGCAUCUUCUCUGAUUCUAGCGUGGAUGGCUAUCUGGCAAAGAAUCCUAAGAUUUACCCCAAACUCUUCCGUUACCGAUUCGAUCCCAACCCCAAUGUGCAACGGUCUAUGAACACCAUCUGGCAAGCCCUGGUCAAGGACCCUACAGUCGUCAUCGAUACACAUUUCGAUGAGAUUAUGGAAGACCUCCUGAAGAGUAUUCUGGCUGGCCGAGAAUGGCGUGUCCGACAAGCAAGUUGUGCUGCAGUGGCCGACCUGAUUCAAGGCCGCCGCCCCGAGAAAUUCGCUCAAUAUCUUGAUGAGAUCUACGGCAAGGCCUUCAAACUACUAGACGAUAUUAAGGAAUCCGUGCGCACCGCCGCUCUGAAGCUCUGUCAAACGAUCACCAACUCCGUCAUUCGCACACUUGAAACAAGUGGCACAGAAAAGCGAGCAGCCACUUUACUCAAAAGUGCGAUUCCUUUCCUUCUGAGCGACAAAGGACUUGAUGCCAGUGCGGAAGAAGUGCAAGGUUAUGCCAUUGGUGCUAUUAUCUCAAUAAUCAAGAAAAGCCCCGGCAGUCUACUGCGCCCGUAUGUUCCCAAUAUGCUGGAGAAAUUCCUGAGUGCUCUGAGCUCUCUAGAGCCCCAAGCUGUCAACUACGUCCAUCUCAAUGCGGAUAAAUAUGGUCUCACGGGUCAGGAAAUCGACAAAAUGCGCUUAUCUAGCAUCCGUACAUCCCCUAUGAUGGAAGUGAUUGAGCGAUACUUAAUCGAUAAUCUGGACGAGAGUAACCUGGAUGAGCUGGCACAAAGACUCGAAGAUGUUCUCCGGUCGGCCGUGGGCCUACCCUCGAAGGUAGGUUGCAGCCGAGUCUUAGUACUACUUAGCAUGAAGACCUUGAUGUUCCGGCCCUACGCAGAUCGAUUCAUUCAAAUCCUCACCAAGUAUGUGGUCGACCGAAACGAGACAGUCAGCGCCUCCUACUGCUCAUCAAUGGGCUAUCUCCUGCGGCUCGCCUCAGACGACCGCGUUCUCAAGACAAUUGAAUUCGCUAAAACCCUUUACCUUUCAGCUGAGGAUGCGACGCCCCGAGUGAUCUCCGGAGAAAUUCUUUACUCCGCCUCCAAGCUGUCCAAUGAUCGCUUCAUGGCGUUUGCCGCGAGCGCAUUGCCGUUCGUCUUUGUGUGCAAACACGAUGGCGACGAGCAUGUGAAAGACCAGUUUGAGAAAACGUGGCAGGAUAACGUCGGUGGCUCCCGUGCGGUCACCCUCUACAUCCGUGAGAUUGUCGGCCUUGUUUCGGACAAUUUGGACUCUCCCCGUUGGGCUAUCAAACAUACGGCCGCACGGGCGAUAGCGCAGGCUGUGGUGUCACUUGAUACGGAGAUCGAUCUUUCUACGAUGCAAUUGGUUUGGCCGGUUCUGGAGCGCGCGCUGGCCGGGAAAACAUGGGACGGUAAAGAGGUCGUGCUGAAGGCACUAGUGAAAUUCAGUAGCCAGACGAAGCAGUGGCAAGCUAGGGAAGAGUUGAAUAGUCUGAAGACGAUUACGGUUCGCGAAGCGAAGCGAGCUAACGUUCUUUACCGGCCGCAUGGACUACGAGCAAUGGGCGAGAUCGCACAAGCACGCAAGGACCUUGAUUUCAUGCCAGAUGCGAUUAAGAUAAUUCCUUCCGUGGUGGAAGAAAUGUGUGAGGACGACCAAAUGGAGAUAGACUCCAAGAAUGGUGCGAAUGGCUCGACCCAAGACGAUACCCUUGCAGCGUGUAUUCAAUGCCUCCUGCAAUGUUUUAACGAGGCCCAUUCAGGAAAAGCGCUGGGAGACUACGUGGAACAGAUGACCGGUCUGCUGGACCAGGUCCUCCAACACGGUGGACGACAGGUCAUCAGCACGGGCUACGAAGAGCUCCGGGCGUUUUUUACUCGAGUGGAUCAGUGGAGCUCGGAUGCCUCCGGUGAGAAUCAGAGUCAUAUAAUGACUUCCCUAUCUAAACUUCUCACAAAUGAACUGGAUGGAUCUGUCGAGGCCAUCCGCAAGGGUCGUGCAGAAGCCAUUCUGGCGUACCUGAAACUUCCUGCCCAAGUGCCCGAUGCACUUGUCACCAGCCUGGAAGAGUGGAGAGCCAGUGAGCGAUCCGGAACGGUGCAGCGACUCCUCGACGAAGCCCUCAAGCUAAGCAAACCACGUGGUUAA